AUGCAUGUUCUCACAUUUGGAUCAACAGGACUUGCUGGCCGUCAUAUUCUCAGUGAGUUGCUGAAGAAAGGUAAUCAAGUAACGGCUUUCGUUCGUAAUCGUGAUCGAAUCGAUUUAACCCUGCUAAAUUCAUCAAAUUUGACAGUAAUUGAAGGUGACGUUUUGACAAAGAGUGACCUUAAACGUGCUGUGACUUCAUGCGCCACACAUAGCAAAUCCGAUGUGGUGAUUUCGAGUAUCAAUGAAGGUCUUGAUAUUAAAUUGAAUUUACAAUCGAAAGGAACUCGCUUCAUUCUCGAAGUUUUCAAUGCAAUUGCUGAUACGGGCAAGAAACCUCGCUUCAUGAUAUUUGCCGGUGCUGGCAUGUUGGAUGCAAAUAAUGGCGAAGAUCCAAAACAACUUUGGAAACAUACAGCUGAAUAUCCAACCAUGUAUCGUGCUGUAUCCGAUGAACACGAAAUCAUUUACCAUAUGCUGCAGCAAGAGAAAGAUCUCGAAUGGACUUUGUUAUGUCCACCUGACAUUACCGAUGAACCGGCCGAUGGAAAAUUCAUCGUAUCGAAAAACGUUGUCCCGCAUGGGAAGCUUGAUAUCAAAGCGGGUAAUUUAGCGCAGUUUAUUGCCAAUGAAAUUACAGCACGACAAUUCAUUCAUGAACGGGUUGGCAUUGCGAAUAUUAAAGACAAUUAA